CUGAGCUCUGGAGUCUGGUUGUUGAGUUCAUCGUUGACGGAGUCAGAACGCAACGUGCAAGCCCUCUGCAUACCCGCGGUGCAUACCGAAAGGGAAUACGCCCGAUGUCCACUACCGACAAAGCGGGGGCAACUGAGGCUCAUUUCAAUGACCUGCUUCGUUUCGCCGGCAUCGCUCUCGUCCAGUCGUUCACCGUCAUCUCUACCUGCGCUAGGUUCCUCUUCUCCUUCCUAUGGUUCCUCCUCAAAACGACCGCACACUCUCUCAGGAGCAUCUCUCAACACCUUUUAUGGAUCUUGCGCCCCGUAAUCCUCGUUCUCUCGCUGCUCCUCGAUACAUUUAUCCUCAAGCCGUACCACGCCGUGGUCUACUUCGCGACGGAGAUGCAGGAUGUAUGGACUUUGGUUGUCGCGGCUCUGGCCGUGGGCGUUGUGUUUGGUCUUUGCGCGCAGAAGCUCAGCAGCGCGCUCGUCGCGCUCGUCAUCGGAGCGGGGCGUCCAAGCAACUGUAUGCCGCAAUCGCCGACAGAUCCCCCGAACGUCUCAGAUGGUAUCCCGUCCAAGAAAGUGAAGAAAAGCGGUCGGGCGAGUGCGGGAUCGAAGUCGGCAGGCAAGAAACGUGCCGAGUGGAGGGAGCUCUGACGUGGUGUCGAAGGGACGUAGCAGGACUCGAUGUGGAAUAGGUGAAGCUCCAGCUCGAUAUAGAGCGUUUUGGACCUUUCACGUUGAGCUUUCGAAGCUCGGGUCCUUCAAUGAUGUUCUUCCCUCAUAUCCGACGGCUCCCGAGACGACACGAAGCUUCAUCCUUAUAAUGGCUCCCUCUGGUCAACCCGCGGAAAUGAUCGAGCGCUCGUUGUCGAAUUGCGUGUUCUCAUCGGACAGAGGCGUCACCUGGUUUCGAACCCUCCGCAGAUAUUACCAACUCGUUGCAUAGCAGAAGCCGUGUCGCGACCAGAAAUGGGCGCGGCGCUGAAUCAAAUGGAAAUGGCCUUGUUCUCCGCGGGCCAGUGUCACCUGCACUCGUUUGUCGUACGCGCAGGAGCAGCGCCCCCCCCCAGCGCUCGUACAACGUAUUUAUCUUACACGCAGCCAUCUCUCGGACCAGCGGCAAGCAGGAUCGCGCUCGCACGC